GCAACGGUCAGAGCUGGGACGUGAAUAUGAGGUUGCCCUUUUCCUAACAUGCAGUAGUAUUCAGUAGAAUAUUCAGCAGCCAGUCCAACUGUCAAGGCGGAUUCAAGAAGAGGAGAUGAAAACCUCCUGGAACUGUGUGUUCGUGUUUUAUUCUCACCAUCUCUUUGUGUGGAUUUAUUCGUUUCCACUCUUAAUGCUUGGCACUGAGAGGUGUUAUCUCUAGCACUGAGCUCAGCUUUUAAAAGGAAAUUGCAAGACUCUCUGCCUGUCAGCCUCUGAUGAUUCUCUGAUUUAUUGAUAAAGCGAGGGGGGGACACCCAGAUGAAUCGAGGAAGAACUUGCAGAGGGGGAUUUAUACAAGCUCUGCUAUUUUUGGACUUUGGUUUGCAAAAGAUUUUGUUUUUUCUUUAAUUUGUUGCUUCAUGCUCGACCUGUGUUUUAUGUGUCUUAAGUCCGCAGUGAUUGCACAUUUGUUUCUCAAACCAGCGGAGGCACAGAUGCUGUGAUGUUUUGCUUGUAUUUGGAUUUCCUUUGAGAGGAUUUUGUUUUCUUCUGAUCCGCCAUCCCACCCUUCUGCCCCCUUUUUUUAGUGAACAUUGUGAGCUGGUCAGUCACUUCAGCGACUGGGCAGUGAUCUCUAGCGGAGGCACACUGUGUGUGAGGCUGAUUCCAGAGUAGUUGCCUGCUACAGACUGAACUAUCUCACGCUCUGUAGAGGACCCACAGACUUUCCACCUCUGGGAGUUUGCCCUGCCUGAUUUAGCCAGAAGAGAGUUUUGAUCAAGAGUAUCUGAAUUGGGACAGCCGGCCGAAAGCCAGGAUGCAGGUCUCGUUAGUGUGCACGGACCACCGUGGGGGUGUGAGCCGCAACACUGAAGACAGGCUAAACCGACAGAACGCCAACAGCCCGAACACAGGCACUCGCAGCAAGUUCAGAGCGGUGGCGAUGGUGGCUCGCAGUCUGGGACAGCUCUCUGUUCAGAGUGUGCCGUCUUCCAGCGAGCAAAGCAUGAGGACUGGCAUGAAGUAUAGGAACCUUGGGAAGUCGGGCCUGCGGGUGUCCUGCCUUGGAUUAGGAACAUGGGUGACGUUCGGCGGACAGAUAACAGAUGAGAUGGCAGAGCAGCUGAUGACUCUGGCCUAUGAAAAUGGCAUCAAUCUGUUUGACACAGCGGAGGUCUACGCUGCUGGAAAGGCAGAGGUGGUGCUCGGAAACAUCAUAAAGAAGAAAGGAUGGAGACGCUCAAGUCUGGUGAUAACAACAAAGAUCUUCUGGGGUGGAAAAGCGGAGACUGAAAGAGGUUUAUCCCGAAAACACAUUAUAGAAGGUUUAAAGGCCUCUCUAGAAAGACUGCAGUUAGAAUAUGUGGAUGUGGUUUUUGCGAACAGACCAGACCCUAAUACACCAAUGGAAGAAACGGUUCGAGCAAUGACCCAUGUGAUAAACCAAGGCAUGGCCAUGUACUGGGGGACAUCCCGCUGGAGCCCAAUGGAGAUAAUGGAAGCGUAUUCUGUGGCACGACAAUUCAACCAGAUUCCUCCCAUUUGUGAGCAGGCUGAGUACCACAUGUUCCAGAGAGAGAAGGUGGAGGUGCAGCUACCUGAGCUCUUCCAUAAGAUAGGUGUGGGGGCCAUGACGUGGUCACCACUGGCCUGUGGGAUCAUCUCAGGGAAAUAUGACGGCAGGGUGCCCCCCUACUCUCGGGCUUCUCUGAAGGGUUACCAGUGGUUGAAGGACAAGAUCUUGAGCGAGGAGGGCCGGCGUCAGCAGGCGAAGUUGAAAGAGCUGCAGGCAAUCGCGGAGCGGCUGGGCUGCACUCUGCCCCAACUCGCCAUCGCGUGGUGCCUACGGAACGAGGGGGUGAGCUCUGUCCUUUUAGGGGCGUCCAACACCGACCAGCUGAUGGAGAACAUAGGAGCAAUACAGGUUCUUCCAAAGUUGUCGUCGUCCAUCACACAUGAGGUGGACAGCAUCCUGGGGAACAAGCCGUACAGUAAAAAGGACUACCGCUCCUAACGGGCAGCACGGCCCCGCCCGGCAGGGCUGCACCCGGGCUGCAGCCGCAGCGCCCCACCUUUGCCUGAUCCUCUGUUUGCUUGAGCUUUUACUGAGUGAGACCCUGGCGCAUGAGUCUGGCCACACCAAGGCCACCCAGGGCACCUCAUUUAGAGUCACGGGGAUAAGAUAAGAAAAAGGGGGGGAAAAAAUAGAGUCACCUCCACGGGAAAAAGGAAGGGAAUGACAAAGAAAGACAAAAGUGGAAGAGAGGUUUAGGGAUAUGCGCUCAUACUUAAAUCAGUUAUACAUUCAAUUCAGCUGAACGUAUUUUAAGAACCGUAGACAAAAAUAUCUUUUUAAAAAAAUUAAAAAAUAAGCACACGCUUGCUUGGCAGCCAGAUAUUUUUUUUUCUUUCUUUCUUCUUUUUUUUUUUUUCUAAAACUGAAUGCAACUAAAAGGAAGAAUAAGUUCAUACUGUAUGAAUAUAUGAGAACUACUCUGUUGCACAUGUACCAUAGCCAUGCAUUUGUUCCUUGGACGUUCUGUUUACAAACACGUGUGUACUGUACUGAGUCCGUCAAGGUUUCUCUGAAAAGCUGUUUGUGUUGUCGACAUUAUCAGUGUAGGAGCCUCUCGCGGGCUUUAACAAUCAGCACUUUAGUAUUGUCAGUGGGUGUUGGAGGGUAGUUUAAAGGAGGGGGGAGGAUGGGUAUUACAAUAGUCUUAUCUCACAGCCAUUGCACUAUAGAAUCAUAUCUCCUCCUGAUAACUCCCUCUCCUCAUUCUCCCUCCUUGUCUUCACUGGCGCUGCGUUUUAUCCGGCCCGAUGCUCCGACCCUGCCGCUGUCUGGGCGAUGAGGGCGGAGGCGCUCCCUCCUCCUCGUCUGCCUCGAAGCGUCCUGGUCAGGAGCCGACGUGUCAGGGCAACUCGUCUGCCACUGAAGAGAUUAGCUUUCAUCCCUAAUGGUCGGAGCUGUUAAAUCCAAACGCAGAGUCACUGUGUUCAGGAAGUGAUCCCAUCAGUGCUGGCUCCACGCCUCGUGGAAAGCUCCUCCUUGAUCGAGUUCUGUUCAAGUGUUUUGCCUUAUUUACAGUUGCAUCAGACUGUGCUGUGGGCGUUCAGCGUAGAUGAGCAGCUCGACAGCUGCCUCCAUCUUGUGCCCAGUGUACACGGGAACGCUGACUGGUUGGUGCUGGCAAGUGACAUUUGUUGUGAGGAAAGAAGAGGCGGUGUGUGUGGUGGUGUGUGUGCGUGUGUGCGUGCGUUUGUGUGUCCAGUAAAUCAGUGAGUGGCAGCAGCUCAGGGAACAGAGUAGGUGGUUUUUAGUCGUGCGUUGGCGUGCACGUGGUCAGGAGGUUGUAUUUACUUGUCGUCUUUCGUUCAUGUGUGGACACUGGGGAGGACCAGUGACAUUUCAGCGUGGCUCGAGCCAAAGAUCUCCUUCUCCUUCUUCUUCUUCAUCUUCUUCUUCUUCUUCUUCAUCUCUCUAUGCCAACACAGUUUCACUCUCACUUCCUGCAAGAUUAUAGAACUCAUCUUGAAGCAUGUGCUGUCCAGCUUGUUAUCUAUCUAUGGUAUGGACUCUACUCCAUAUAUAUCUUUACUUGACAAAGCUGUUAUACUCGUUAAACAAAUAAAGUCCUUCAUAUACAGAAUGCAUAGUACAGCUACUUGCUUUAGGAUCGGUAAGGUUUGUCUCAGGUGGCAUACGGACCUGAGACCUGAGUCAGAAGUAUUAAUCGCAAAAAAAAAGAAAAGAAAAUUUGAAGCCGCCCUAUAUCAUUCUCUCUCCUGUCGGGUGCUCUCUUGCUGUGAUUUAAGCACAAGUGGAUAGCAUGUGACACAUCCUGGAAGCAUGGACCCUCCUCACCCAGCCUACAGGGACGAGCAAGGUGACGCCGCUCCGCUUAUUAACACGUGUAGAUAACAAAUUUUUACUAACAGCUGAUAAACUAUUGAUUCUCAGCAAGAGAGAAAAAAAAAGAAACACAGUACAGAUGAAUAAAACCGUCAUAUUAGUGCGAGUGAUGGCGUGAAUGAGAGUGGAGGGGAUAAUCAAAGUGAACGUUGCAGUGAGGGAUUUGUGCAGAUGAGGUUUACAGUCUGCCUCGUUAACUCCUCCUAAGUGAGUUUUAACAACGGCAAAAAUGAUUUAACGUCUCUGCUGUUGAUCCUGUUCGUGUGUGUGUGUGCGUGUGUGUGUUGUGGGGGUGGGUGAUUAAACUAAUAAUCCCUUGCUUUAGCCUGUUGUAUAAAUUGAUCCCUGUAUACGUUUGAUUUGCUGUGUCUGAGUGAAUAAAACUGGCGCGAGCCGAUGUUUUUUUCAGAAAAAAAAAUAAUAAUAAGAUAAGCGAUGACCAUUUA